CUGACGUCAUAUAUUUUUCUCAUAAUAAAAAUAAUACACCGCUUACCUAAUAAUACACAAGGUACCCAUCCCCGCCAUCUUGGAUUUUUUUAAAACUGUCACAUCGCCGUGAAUUUUCGCUUAUAACUCAGCGGUAACAUUUUUCUGCGAUCAUCUCCGCCGUCCGAUCGGUCACUCGAUUUAUUAGCUUACUGCUGAUUCAACCAAAACGGCCCAUAACAUCGUUUAUUAAUAAAAAUAUCUCCUCAUUCUGCAUCUACUGCUGCUGAUUUGCGACAAAAGGCUAAAGGGUGGACGGAAGUUGACAUCUGUAUGUAAAUGGGGAUUCCCUUCUUAAAUCUGAUUGGUUAACAGAUACACUUGCGUGACGUUGAAGUAUUGCGGGAAAAACAGCCAUGUUGAACUACGAACAAUCACAGGCCUUAGAAUUUAUCAAAAGUGGACACAGUUGUGUCGUUUUGGGGCAAGCAGGGACUGGGAAAUCAUAUCUUAUAAAAGAAACGCUCAAGAAACUUAAUAACAAAAACGUUUCUGUUACUGCAAGCACGGGACUUGCAGCCCGACAGUUCACGGGAGCCACAACUAUUCACCAUUGGGCUGGACUAAUGGAUGGGAGAUUUGAAAACCAGCAUCUUUUGCGUAUUAUAAGUGAAGAAACUCGAAACAGAAUUAAAACCUGUAACGUUUUGAUUAUCGAUGAAAUCAGCAUGAUCAGUCGGAAAGUUUUUGAGCAGCUUGAGUUUAUCUGUAGAUCAGUUAAAGAUCCCAGUCUUUAUUUUGGUGGAUUGCAGGUUGUCUGUGUUGGUGAUUUUUUCCAAUUACCACCAGUUCCAAAUGACAUCUACAGGGAUCCGGGAGAUCACGCAUUUGCUUCAGAUACAUGGAGAAAGACUGUUCCACACAUUAUUACACUCAAAACUGUUAUUCGCCAGAGUGACAAAGACCUGAUCUUAGCCAUCAAUGAAUUAGAACGGGGGGUUCCAAGUCAUCAAACUAACCAGCUGAUGCUUGCACUAGAGAGACCCUUGUCAAGAAACAAUCCAUGUGUUCUCUUUGGAACAAAUUUUGAAGUGGAUUGCUUUAACAUGACAGAACUACACAAAAUGCAAGGAGAAUCAACAAGCUACGUUGCCGAAGAAGAAGGCGAACAAAAAUAUCUCCGCAAGAUGAAUGCAAAUAAGGUUCUUCUUCUUAAAGAAGGUGCUCCAGUAAUGCUGAUUAGGAACCUUUCUGACACUUUAGUCAAUGGUUUACUUGGCACUGUUUUCAAGUUGGAAGAUGAUGGGCCCACUGUGAAGUUUGAAGACAAAAUAAUAAAAUUAAGCAAAGUGACAUUUAGUGUGUAUGACCCUUCUCAAUGUAUUACAGUAGCUGAAAGAAAACAAUAUCCAAUAUGUUUGGCUUUUGCCAUGACUGUCCAUAAAUCUCAGGGAUUAACUUUGCCCUGUGUUAUUGUUGACUGUAAAAACAUAUUCCAGGCAGGUCAGAUAGGUGUUGCUGUUGGACGUUCAACAGACCGUGAAGGACUCUGCAUCAAGAACUACGAUCCCAAAUGCAGCAAGCAGCACCCUCAGGCUGUGAAUGAUUACUGUGCAUCGUCAGGAGCUCCUGCUUUAGAAGAUUUAUCUUGCUGCCGAAAAGUGUUUGAAGAUGACAUAUUUGAAGAGGAAUUCUUUCCUACCUGUGAUAUAUAUGUAGCUGAAAAUUCUGAUGAGUCUGACUUUGAUGAAGAUGACAUUAAAAUGAUGGAAGAGCUAGAAAGGGUUGAGAGCACAAGCACAAAUACAAGUGAUGGUCAAGGUCAUCAACAGGAUACAAGACAAUUGCUCAAUAAAAUGAGGGCUCCAUACCCUUUAUCAGACAAACAGAAGGGACUGAAUGCUGACAUAGAUUAUAUUGAGGGGAAAUUCCAUCUAUUUGUGGAUUUUGUGAAAAUUUUGUCACAAAAGAUAGAAUUAAUGAAGAAUGAGCAUUGUAGUACUUCUCAAACAGUGAAAAAUUGGAAUUCAUUUUAUUCGAGCUAUCAUACCUUUAUGCAGUCUCCGGAAUACAAUGCGUUAUGCAAAUCUCUUUUUCAAAGUCGAAAUGUUAAUUACUUACUCUGUGGAAGUAUUGCUACAGCUGUCCGAAAGAACAUCAUUACAUCACAGACACCUAAAGAGUCAGACCAGCUCAAAACAUCUUGUGAUAUAUGUAUAUCUGACUUUGCACAUGGCAAAAUACGUUAUGUUGGGGGUCGUGCUGUGGCAAAAGUGAAGUAUCAUAAUACUUACUUGGUGCGAAAUGACUUGAGAAAUUUUGGGCAAAUCUACAACCAACAAGCAAAAGUUAAAGUUUCAUUGCUUCAAACCACUAUUGUUUCUCAAGCUGAUGUUGAAUGCUCUAAGUAUUCUCGCAGUAUAAUUGAUGUCAAAAGAAAACAAAAUUUGUCAUGUGGCCUUACAAACAUAUCAGACAAUACAUUUGAAUUUUUCUUGGAAUUAGAGAAAAUUCGAAUUCCUUUAUAUAGUGAAGAUCAACUUAGGAUUCAUGGACAGAACAUGCUGCAGCAUAUUCACUCGACAGUACUUAAGAACGAAAAAUUGUUCAGUUUAUGGACUAGUUUAUUUUCUAAACUGCAGACCAGUAUGUUUACUUUAGAUUCAGAUUCAGAUGAUUGUUCUUUGAUAGUGUCUGACAUGAUAGAUGGAGCUUCAGCAAUAGUCUGUUUAUUUGAAGACAUUGUGCAAUCCUACUUGAGAGUCACAGACUCCGAAUACCGGAAAAAACUUUUAGAAGAUAUCGGACAAAAGAAAUCUAUGGAGCUUAGAAAAAAGGUUUUAACAAAAGGAAAAGCUCAAACCUCCACAACAAAUACGGACAUUUCCAUUGAUGCUUUGCUUAAAACUACAUGUUCAAACAGAGAAGCGUAUCAUUUAAAACUUAAGGCCGCUUUACUUGAAAAUUCAGGAAUACUAAAUACAUUUAAGAAGAAAGAACUGUUAAUUUUGGGAAAGUUUUACAACACUAAGCUAAAGCAAUCUGACAAGAAGGAAGUUCAGUGUGAUAUUUUAAGGAAUGCUAUUUUGAAAUCUGAGAAGAUGCCAAAUCCAGAUGUUGAGUUGAGUCUCUGAGGUCCUCAGUUAUUGUCAAUCUUAGUAAGAUUAUUGCACAGCUGUUUGAACGGAAGGGCUGAUCCUCCAUGGGUGUUUGAUUUCCUUCUUGCAGCAUUUGAUUUUUUGGAAACUAAAUUCUGGCAAAGGGUAACGCUAUUUGUUGCAGUACAGUAUUGCUGAUAAUUUGGAUUGCUCCCAGCACCGUGAUGGAGCCCCCUUUGCUGAGAAAAUAUAUUUUCCACAAUAUCGCUGUUGAUGAAUCCAGGGAAAGAAGAGAAGGGCACUUGAAAGAUGUUCAAGGCGUUCAUCCUUCAGGUCUGCAAUGGGACGUCGAUCAUGAAAUAUGGCAAUCAAACGACUAGUCUGCUCCAGUAAUUUGAUGGGCCCAUCACAGAGGGAAGCUGCGG